UGUUUUUAUAGAAUGACAUCUUUAGAAGUAUGGACACCCAUAGAGGAAGCAGUGUGGCAAGCAUUACCAAGUAUGGGUCCCCAGUGGAUGGGCAAAUCCUUAACAAGUGACCGAGGCUACAUGUUAAUGGUGACAGAUGGAUGUGGACUCUGGGGUGAAAACAGGGGAGCAAAAUACAUCAUAGACCAAGCAGAGGUGUGGGCUCCAUGCAUAGAGGCUGGCAUCAGGGAGAUAUCAAGCCUAGUGUUAACAGAGUUGACAAAGCUGAAUGUCAGAGCAGCAUGGGAUGGAGAUAGGCAGUCUGUUGUCUUCAGUAUUUCUUCUCAACUAAAUGACUUAUCAUAUAGAUGGGAGUUUGAACUGAAGCGUCUUACAGAUAAACUGUUUGGUCAUCACUGGGUCACACCUAUGUUAGUCCAAGUUCAACAUCUAAGCAUGAGAGUGAAACAACUCGCCACGGAGGUGGAACAGAAACAACGACAGUUGGACGAACUUCUUCCUGAUGUCAAGUCAAAUACGAAGUCACCUGUCAAAAACUCCAAGACCACUAGGAAUAAAGACAACUUAAUUGAAUCUGCAAUUGAGUCAGUUGUAGUUAAUGGAGCUUGGACAGUCAUGCAAGAUCAUCUGAUUCAUUAUCCACUCAUUAUGAAGCAUCUUACUAGAGAGCAGUAAGUCACCUUUCUAUUCUUGUACU